AUGGUUAAGACACUGCCAUUCCAGGACAUCACGGUGCCUAUCCCGGGCUUCGGUGCUAUGGGCAUGAGCCACGGCCUAGGAACCAAUGUCACCCUUGAGGAGGCAGAGCCCGUCUUGUUGAAGGCUAUCGAGUUGGGAUGCACCUUUUGGGAUACAGCUGUUGUCUACGGCGCCGGCGUGAACGAGAAGCUCCUCGGCGACUUCAUCCGCAAGCACAAUGUGCGCGACAAGCUCUUUAUUGCCUCAAAAUGCGGCUUCGACUGCUUAAAUGGCGGUGACGGCAAAGUCACAAACAAGCCAGAGCAUAUCAAGGAGUACAUCGAUGGCACCAUCGAGCGACUUGGAUUCACCCCAGAUCUCUACUAUCUCCACAGGAUAGAUCCCCACACUCCACUGGAGGAGUCCAUUACCGCCCUCGAUGAGAUUCGCAAGGCCGGCAAGACUAAGUACAUUGGCCUCUCCGAAUGUUCUGCCGCAACACUACGCAAAGCCAACUCUAGUGAGCCCUCCUUGCCAGACUUGGGUCUGCCUCACAUACAUACUCACGCAGCUGCUGACCCCGACCCAGUUGCCAAGAUCGAUGCUCUCCAGGCUGAGUACUCGGCUUUUGAGACCCUGCACGAGACGGACGGUCUGAUCGAGGCUGCCAAGGAGCUCGGGGUUGCCUACGUCGCCUACAGCCCACUGGGCCAUGGCUGGCUUGUCGAUGAUUUCCCAUACAAGACCCCCGACGACUUUGCGCCCAACGACUUCCGACGCAGCGUUCCCAAGUUCCAAGGUGAGAACUUCUUCAAGAACAAGGCGAUAGUUGAGAAGAUCCAGGCUCUAGCCAAGCGCAAGGGCUGCACCACGGCCCAGGUCGCCCUCGCUUGGGUCGCGGCCCAAGGCAUGAUUCCCAUCCCCGGAACUACCAAGACCCCGCGGCUGGAGCAGAACUGGGCGUCGCGGGAUAUCGAUCUGACCGACCAGGAGCAGAAGGAGCUGAGGGCCAUCAUCGAUGCCGCGAAGCCUAUCGGCAACCGAUAUGCGCCUGCGCAUCAGGCCAUGGUUGGCCACUAG